AUGACGGCGACGCCGCACCCAGGCGACAGCGACAGAGGACAUGGCGGUGGUCAUGAACUCCAGAACUGGUCCUCGCUUAUCGGCAUAGUCACAGCUAUUGUGGGAAACGUCCUCAUCGCCCUCGCACUCAAUGUACAGCGUUAUGCACAUACGCGCCUGCACAAGGAAAGGAUCUCAAUACGCAAGCGAGCUCGGGCAGCCACCAAGCAAACGCAUUCAGGGCAGCCUUCGAACUAUGGCGCCUUCGGCUAUGGCACGAACGGGAACACUACCGGCGGCGGAAAUGGGGCUACAAUACCUCACGACGACGAACCACCACACGAUAGUCGCGAGACGGAACCGCUCACACAUUCGUACAAUUCGGGCACCACGACCGUAGAAGAAGGGAACGACGACGAGGAUGAGGCAGAAGCCGAGCGACAGGCCAAGGCCGCGUCGUCUUAUUUGAAGUCGCCCUACUGGUGGUUGGGGCAGGUCCUGAUUACACUGGGGGAAAUGGGCAACUUUCUGGCAUAUGGCUUCGCACCUGCCUCGAUCGUUUCGCCUCUCGGUGUCGUCGCUCUCAUAUCAAACUGUCUCAUUGCGCCUCUCAUGUUCCAGGAGCGGUUCCGGCAGAGGGACUUUUGGGGCGUAGUCGUGGCGGUUGGAGGCGUUGUGACCGUGGUGCUCAGUGCGAAGACAGAGGAGACCAAGCUGAAUCCUCACGAUGUCUGGGGCGCCAUUACCACUCUGGCAUUCGAAAUCUACCUGGGAGUAACAGUAUCCCUAAUCAUUGUCUUGAUGUGGGCAAGCCCUCGCUAUGGACGUCAAACUAUCCUUAUCGAUCUAGGACUGGUUGGCCUUUUCGGUGGCUAUACGGCGCUAUCUACGAAAGGUGUUUCUUCCAUGCUGUCGUCGACGUUGUGGCGUGCAUUCACGACGCCUGUCACAUAUGUCCUGGUUUUGAUCCUGCUUGGGACAGCUAUCAUGCAGAUCCGCUACGUCAACAAGGCCCUGCAACGCUUCGAGUCGACGCAGGUGAUACCGAUCCAGUUCGUCAUGUUUACCCUAUGUGUCAUCCUCGGAAGCGCCAUUCUCUAUCGCGACUUUGAAAAGACCAACGCAGAGCAGGCGGGCAAGUUUGUCGGCGGCUGUCUUCUCACGUUCUUUGGCGUGUUUCUCAUUACGAGUGGGCGACAACAACGUGAGGGUGACGAGGAGGAGGAUGCACUGUCAGACACCACGAGCGUGGAAGAGACUAUCGGCCUUGACCGCCAUGACAGCCACCAGCCGUACGAAGACACGCCCCGCAGACCAUCGGUAGCACAGAGUCGGCGAUCUAGUAAACACUCGCGCGUUGUGUUUCCAGAGGGCAACAGAUCACAAGCACCCGACAUUGAUCACGAUGCUGCCUCCGUUUGCUACCCUACUCCAGGCAGCAUACCAGAGACGCCUGAAGUGGACAACAGCUCACUGGAGCACAACCCUUGGGAUGGCCCUUCACCCUUAAAACCGCCCGGCAGAGGCAUUAGGACCAUGUCUGCCGACGUGCUGAUGAGGGGCUCAGCGGUCAUGUCUACUCCCACGACGCCGAUGCGCGAUGGGCUAGCACCACCAGGCUGCUCAGAACGGCCCACGACACCCCAGGACCGAGCACAUCCCUAUCAGCACCGUCGGUCUGGGACAUUCAUAUCGCCAUCGCCGCUGUCAUCGACAGUCACGACGGUGAUGAAAGAUGGAUUCUUGCGUGGCGACAAGAGAGCCCUCGCGACGCAGUCGUCGAUGCGGCACCUGCGCUCACGGAUACGCGCCAGCCUCUUUUUCAACGAAGACGGGCCUGUCUCCGAGGACAACCUCGCGCCUGUGUUCCAUGACCAAGAUGAGCCGUUUCGCGACACAGUCGACGACGAAGAGCAUACCGGGCGCAUGAGAUCGCGCAGCCUAAGCGAUGCGCUGGGAGACAUGUUCAGGCCGAAACGCAAGAGCCGGAGUGAGGAAUUGGACGUCGAUCACGACCAUGGAUCAACUCGGCCAGGCCCGUCGAGCUGA